UGUAUUGACGAUAAUAUGUUCAUGUUUGAACAGUACGACAUUAUGCUGGAGCAGUUCCUGCAGCGCUAUUGCUGCCUGUUCAACUCGAUGUGCCCCUCCUGCAACCUGCCCAUGCUUGGCCAUGUGCGACGAUAUGUCCACUCGCUGGGCUGUGUCCAUGUCUACCUCACCGAGGACCUGACGCGCUCCGACCCCAAAAGCAUCUACUUCACCUCGUGGUGCAGCAUCUGCAACGCCACCACGCCCACCGUUCCGCUCUCGGACUCGGCCAAGUGCCUCUCCCUGGCCAAAUACCUGGAAAUUCGCUUCCAUGGGCACGCCUACAAGCGUCGGCCGCCGACAGAUGGCGACCAGAGCAAUCACUGCGAGCACUCGCUCCACCGCGACUAUGUGCACCACUUCAGCUUCCGGGGAGUAGGCGCCAAGUUCCAGUACACCCCUAUCGAGGUUUGGGAGACGGAUCUGCCGCCGCUGACCCUGCAGCUGGACCAGCCGAAGCCCUUUCUUGGCAGCCAGGUACAGGAAGAGAUCAAGAACUUCUCAGUGCGCGGCCAUGAGGUGUACACGCGGAUCCACGAGCGGAUCGCUGACCUGGCCAGCGAGGACGAGAACACUCCGCUUGUGCAAAAUCUGACGACAAUGCUGACCCACGACCAGUUUAUUUUCAAGCAGAAGAUUGAAAUUGUGCACACGCUGCUGACGGAGCGUCGGGCCAACGCGUACGACAUCAACGAUGCCCUAGCCAUGGCUCGGCGCUCCCUGGCCGAGAGCAUUGAGCUGUGGGGCCCACGGCUGCUGGAGGUCGAGCUGGAGGCCCAGAAACUGUCUGCCAAGCAGGCGGUCGUCCAUCACGUCGAUGCGGGAACCAUAUGUACAGAAGAGCUGCGCCCGGAGCAGGCCCCAACCAGUGCAGGCGAUGACGGAAGCAGCAACAGCAGUAACGUCGCCCCUGUGGAGUGUCCUUCGGAGGACACAGAGCCGCCUGCUGGCAGCCAACCCGUGCCCGACAAGAAGUUCUCCAUCGAUCAGCUGCUGGCCUCCACGGCGAGCGUGCACUCGGACAAAAAGUCCAUAAGAAGCAUCCUCACACAGCUGCUGCCCUCGACCAAUCAGGCCAAUCCCCUGCAGUCGCCGUUUCUGUCCCAGGAUCACCUCACCCUCCCCAUGGGCUCUAUUCCCAUCCACGUGCGUGAGACCGAUCUCAGCUCUGUGAUCGCCUACAGCCUGACCUCGGCCGACUACCAGCGAGCCCUGGACGAAGCUUUUAGUAGCGUCGGUGGCGAGGCCCCAGCUGCAGGCCACUCCAGUCCGCAGCUCAAGCGGAAGGUGCCGCUACCAGAAGGCCUGAGUGAUGCUGAAGAAAGCAGCCCCAAUCUGUCGCGCACCUCUAGCAAAACCAGUGCGACCCCAGGAGGAGCGGUUCCCGCCGCCGCCACCUCCAGCGAAUCCGAGGAGAAGAUAAAGGAGCGGAACAAUACGCAGCCACAGUCACCGAGUCCACACGUCUCGCUGGCAUUCAACGACAACGGGUGCCAGUUCCAGUGCAAGAUCUAUUUUGCGCGCGAGUUCGGGGGCAUGCGAGCCAAGAGCCUGCAGCCGCCGAAGCUGGACAGAUCGCUGUACCGCAAGCUGGAGAAGAGCAAGAUGCGUGAGGAGCUGAGAAUCUCACAAAGUCGAACGGGCUCCGAAAUGGAGCUGGUGCGCAAACCCAGCGACGUCAGUGGUGGACCGCCUCUGCCUCGAACCUCGGAAGAGCAUGCGACGGACAUGGAGGAGGAGUCGCGCAUCGCCCUGGCCCGCAGCCUGUGCAACAGUGUCCAGUGGGAGGCACGCGGCGGCAAGUCCGGAUCGCGUUUCUGCAAGACGCUGGAUGAUCGUUUCGUGCUCAAGGAGAUGAACUCGAAGGACAUUACCAUCUUCGAGCCCUUUGCCCCAAAGUACUUUGAGUACAUUGAUAAGUGCCAGCAGCUGCAGCUGCCCACGCUGCUGGCCAAGAUCUUUGGCGUUUUCAAAGUCAGCGUAAAGAAGAAGUACUCCUUUGUGGAACGUUCUGUGAUGGUCAUGGAAAAUCUGUUCUAUGGCUGUGAAAUUUCCAACAAAUUCGACCUUAAGGGCUCUGAGCGGAAUCGACUGGUGGACCCAACCAAUCAACAAGGCGAGAUUGUGCUGCUGGAUGAGAAUCUGGUCCAGAUGUCCUGGUCGAAGCCUCUCUAAGUGCUGUCCCACAGCAAAACCGUGCUAAGAAAUGCCAUUCAGCGGGACUCCUCGUUCCUAGAAAGAAAUGGCGUCAUGGACUACUCCCU